AUUUUUUAUGGAUGUAUGCAAUCACGGAUAAAUCAAACAUGGCGAUUCGGUCGCUGUUUACGGUCAAGUCGUACGGAACGUAGUUGUGAGACUAGGAAGGUCGCUGUGCAUGAGCUUGUGCUUUUAACGGUGAUGAGUACUUGUGCCACCGUAAAUCGACCGAUUUUAGUUAAUAUUACGAAUAUGGAGGACCAAAGCGCGAAGGAAACGGUGGAAAAAGCGUCGGACGGUAUCGAAGAUGGUGUACACGACGCGAAGGGCGUAAAAGAGGUCUCGACGCCCGCGGCGUCAUCGCUCCUCUCUUCGAGACAAGUGUCGCGAUCUAGCGGCGAAAAUGCCGAUACAAAAGCUCGCCAUAACGGCAAAAACUGGCCUAAAUCUUUGAUUCGAAGAUGUGGUAAAUUUGAAAGCGGCAGUGGUAGUGGGGACCAAGAUGGUGGAACGCAAGAAGAUGGCUUGGACAUAGUCACAAAAAAAAGGAAGACUCGUAGAGGGAAACCUAAGCACAAAAAAUUGAAACCCUAUCCAAAACAACAACUCUCUUAUCAACAACGAGCACGUUGUAGAUCGAUUGGAAGACUUGCAAAAACUGGUAGGCAAAUCCGAGCACCUUAUAAUACAACGCAGUUUCUUAUGGAUGAUCAUAGUGACUUGCCUGAUCUUGAUCAAAAAUUAUCAAUAGCUGCAUCUUCAGAUUUUGGAGUUACUACUUUUCAGAAACCCCCAGCACCAUCUCGUACUAGAGAUUCCAGUUUCAGCAUUGACUCAGAUGAAGACUACUUUUACUCUUCCCCAGAGGAUGAAGAAGAAUUUUUGACAAAAGAGUUUUCUAGUGCAUAUGAAGAUCUUCACGCAGAAAGACUGAGCACAUUGAGUAAAUCUGAAUUAAUACAAGAAUAUUUACAAUUAGAGGCCAAAGUAGACUUACUCACUAAAAGAUUACGUGGGAAGAAUAUCAGUCAGACAGAAGACAAAGAGAUAGAUAAUAAGAAUGGAUUAACUACUGAAUCUGAAGUAGCAAAAAAGUUAAAAAUCUGUCAGCAACAUAUUGAUGAUUUAUUAAAACAGAAUGAACAACUAAAAAGAGAAAAUGAAGCAUUGAGAGCACAAAGGCAUGGUAGUUCUGUCUCCAGUGUAGACAGUGAAAGCGAUAGUGAUAGUACAAGUAAUGGAAAUCGUAGUAUAUGCAGUUGUCCUUUCAGGAAUACAGAAUAUUCUCCAGAACACGUAUCGUGUAAAUGUAGACAAGAGAACAGUGAUAAAGAUAGUAGCUCAGAGUGUAGUACUGACAGUAAGAGUGAUUGUUCUGAUAUUACUCGUAGUACAACUUCAACACCACCAAUUAUUGUUACAAAUGGACACGUAGUUAUAAAUGAAAUCAAUGGCCUACCUACAUAAAUCUUUCAGAAACAUACCUGCGUUGCUGGUUUGUUUGUUGCUGAGACAGUCUACAAAUAAUAAUUCUGUGCAUCUAUAUUGACUGACAAGUUAUCUUUCUUCUAAUGCUGAUCGUUAAAUUUUAGACUUUUAUCUAACACAUUUUGGAUCUAUAAAUUACCUUCCUUUUAUUCUUUAAGACUGCCUCAUGUAUACAAUAUAUAUGUGUAAUAAUAUGUAAAAUACAUAAGCAAUUAUCAUUAUAACAGCGCAGUUUUGGUAUCUGCUUGCAUCAGAUUAUGUUAUUAGAUUUAUUAUUCUAUCAGAAUGUAUAUUUUCAAUCGUCAUCACUUAUUAUUAUUUUAAUAGUUUUUCAUUUACCAUAUUGCACAACAUUAGAAAGUUCAAUUAUAUUUUAUCAUCUUGCAUACUUUUCUUCAUAAAUUGUUCAUAUAUUUAUACAAAAAUUAUAUAAUAUUUACAGGCCAUCAACUAUUCCAUAAAUGUAUAUAAACAAACAAACAUAUAUAUAUAUAUAAAUAUAUAAAUAUAUAUAUGUGUGUAUAUAUAUAUAUAUAUGCAUAUACGUAUAUAUAAAUAUUACUCUGAGAAGAAUAUGUUCUAAAAAAAGUAUUUUAUAAUGCAAAGAUUGUGAUAAUAUAUGCCAAGAAUUCAAAAUUAUUUCUGCAUUUGUAUACUUACAAAAAUUAUGAUAUUAGUUUAUGGUCUGAUUGUAUAAUAUAUAAAUGAUAUUAAUAUCUAUAUAAUAUUAAGAUAUUUUAUGCUUAAAUUUUUAAUAAAUUUUAAGUUCUAUUAUAAUAGGCAUGUUGGAUUAUUUUUGCUAAAGUAUAUGUGCAUUAGAGUUUUAUAAAUGUAAUAUUGAUAGAUAAUAUAAGAAGCAAAAUGGUUCUUUCAAUUUUGAAAAAUAGAACGAUUUUGAAGAUUUUAUUUCAAUUUUGAAUUAUUGCAUUUUGUUGUAGAAAUGAAAUCUCAUCCCUUUCCUUGCAUAAUGAUGAAAUGUCUGUGAUAUUUUAUGAUGUCCCAAUACUUGCAUCUUUAUUUGAUUAUAUCAUUCUUGUAUUUAAUAAGAUUAUGGAAAACAAAAUAAAAUAAAUAAAUUAAUUGAAGAAUA